AACAGCUAUUAUAUCGAGUUAGAAAGGAAUUAAAAGAACGCUUGAGUGCUCAUAUACACGCAUUCCUGUACACAGAGUGAACAACAAGUAUGUUUAUUUACGACAGUGCACGACCCGGUGCACGAUUAUCAAGGUGUACUGUAUAUAUCAGUGGACAAGGAGGAAGAAGGCGAUCUGCAGUUCAAGCCGUCCCUGUCCGCAGCUCUCUCCGCCAUUUUCUGGUCAGAACUGUGUUUUUCUAAAGGACUUAAAGUUAAACCGAUAUUUUAAGUGACACACGCGUGAGAUGGAGUGAAAUCGUCCAGGAAAGUAAAUGCACGCACGCACCGCACCUAUUCAGCUCGGACCGGGUCAACUUGCUUUGAAACCUGUCAAAUUUUUACACUGAAAACACGUGCAAAAUUGUGUAGCACGCACUGGAAUAGGCGCUGCAAGUUGUAGACAUUUUGAGAGCUGACGAGAGGUCUGGUAAUGACUUGAACAGUUGUUGUCAUCAGGAACUCCGAACUCGUGGCUUGGAAAUUCGUUAUUCGAACAUGAUUGGUACAUCUGCAGUGCUCCCAUGACCUUUCAUGACGCUCAAAUAUAUCCACCACAAUACAAGCUGUGACUUUUCUGCAAUACUUGUAGUUGAAGUUUUUUUCUAGGAAAUGACGGAUACUUUCCUAAAUUUGUCUGCAUAACAGUGUUUUCAGCUUCGCCGACGACGAUCACGACUGCAUCCUCAAAAUUAAAAAAGACUGCCACAUGCAACCUUCGUGAAUACUUCGUGGUAAAGACAGGGUGGUGUGUAUCUCUUAUUCGCGAACUCUCUUGGUCUGCUUGAAGAGCACUUUCAGCUAGAGCCGCUUGUGAAGGAAUCUGCCCUUUUAAGCGUCUACUUUACUCGUUCAAAACAAAGUUUCCAGCCACUUAUACAUCAUCAUGCUUUACGCGGCGCCGUUUGUUUUAGUGGUAGCGGUGCUAAAUGCAUUGCAGAUGCUGGUGGAAGCGUACCCAGGCGGUCCCCCGCUCUCGGCUUGUAUUAGUAUGGUACCUACGGGCCAUGGCGCCAGUACCCUGACGGGAACCACCCCUUUCUCGAUCACGACAAAUACAACCUUCUAUACCGCCGGAGAAAAUAUCGAAGUGACCAUAUCAGGUGCACGGUUUGUUGGGUUCUUCGUUCAAGCCCGACGACGGGACUCUGGCAGCGAUACGAAUACUGCAGUAGGCACCAUAACACCAGGCAAUACAAACAUUGGCAAGACUCUUGACUGUGGCGGAGGCACUGACAACGCCUGGUCACACAAGACCAAUGCUGCCAAAACAAGCGAAUCCGCAAUUUGGACAGCGCCAACUGACGACAAAGGCACGAUAGCUUUUAGGGCUACUAUCGUACAAGGACCAAGCAGUGAUCGCUACUGGACUGGUGUCUAUUCAGCUAAUCUGCCCUAUGGCUCCCCACCUGAUGACACAGGUGAUAUGUCGGGUCCAACAACAGAUCCUACAACCGGUAGCGGACAUGUUGUUUAUGGCUCAUCACUACUUAUACUUCUAGUCUCAUUUACAGUCGCUGCAAUGAAUAAUUGACUCUGACUGAACCCUACUGAUUUCUCAUGCAUGCAGUGUCUUACUGCAUAUGAAUUAGUUUUGCUCGAUUUGGACAGUUAACGCGACGUAGAAAAUACCAGCACUCAGGCGCGUACACAGGGGGUGGGGGGGG